UAAUUUUUUUUAAGUAAAUCAUUUUUUUAAUCUCUGAUAUCUAUCUCUAUUUAAUCACAAUAAAAUUUAACUAGAGACUAAUAUUUUGCAUAAGAUAAGAAAAAAAAAUAAUUAACUGUUACUACUCUGUUGUUUUAAUUGAAGCCUUCAAAACAAACCCUGCUCUCUUUCCUUGUUUAUUUCUUUGGGUGUGUAUGCCUAACCCAAAACAGAAAGAAGCAAAAGAAAGGUUGAGAAAUAUGUCUGGUAAAGGAGCAGCAGAGGAAUCAAUUCCUCUGCUUGAAGAUCAUCAUAUAAGAGGUUUGAAAGGCGAAGAAGUGUACGAAGACGAUCAGAAGCUUUCAAGAAGAGUUUGGAUUGAAUCAAAGAAAUUAUGGCAAAUAGUAGGUCCGGCAAUCUUUAGCCGGCUUACCUCUUACUCCAUGCUUGUUAUUACUCAAGCUUUUGCAGGUCAUCUGGGUGAUCUUGAGCUUGCUGCCAUUUCCAUUGCUAAUAAUGUCAUUGUUGGCUUCGACUUUGGUCUCCUGCUGGGGAUGGCAAGUGCGUUAGAAACAUUAUGUGGGCAAGCAUUUGGUGCAAAAAAGUACUACAUGUUGGGAAUAUACUUGCAACGUUCAUGGAUAGUAUUGUUCAUAUGUUGUGUUCUUCUUUUACCUCUAUAUCUCUUCCCUUCUCCAGUAUUGAAGCUGUUAGGACAACCACACGACGUCGCAGAUCUCUCUGGAAUUGCGGCACUAACUAUGUUACCACUUCAUUUCAGCUUUGCUUUUCAGCUCCCUCUGCAAAGAUUCUUACAAAGCCAGCUAAAGAAUGCAAUAAUUGCAUGGAUAUCAUUACUGGCUUUAAUAGUGCAUGUGAUAGUAAGUUGGUUGUUUGUGUAUCAGCUGAAGCUUGGAGUAGUGGGUACUGCUAUGACUUUGAAUUUUUCAUGGUGGGUUCUUGUUUUUGGGCAUUUGGGUUAUACCAUUUUUGGUGGUUGUCCUCUUACAUGGACUGGUUUCUCCAUUGAAGCGUUUUCUGGUCUUUGGGAGUUCACCAAGCUCUCCGCCGCUUCUGGAGUCAUGCUCUGCUUGGAGAAUUGGUAUUACAGAAUACUGAUACUGAUGACAGGGAAUCUGAAGAACGCAGAGAUUGCAGUGGAUGCCUUGUCCAUAUGUAUGACCAUAAAUGGAUGGGAAAUGAUGAUUCCUCUCGCAUUCUUUGCUGGCACUGGAGUAAGGGUUGCAAAUGAGCUUGGAGCUGGUAAUGGGAAAGGAGCCAAGUUUGCAACAACAGUAUCAGUAGUUACAUCAGUUAUAAUUGGAAUAUUCUUCUGGGUAUUAAUAAUGAUAUUCCAUGAUAAAUUAGCUUGGAUAUUCUCUUCAAGUCAACCUGUUCUUCAAGCAGUAAACAACCUCUCUAUUCUUUUGGCCUUCACUGUUCUGCUCAACAGCGUCCAGCCAAUUCUUUCAGGGGUGGCUGUGGGAUCUGGAUGGCAAAAGUAUGUGGCAUACAUAAACUUAGGCUGCUACUAUUUGAUUGGGGUUCCUCUUGGAUUCUUGAUGGGUUGGAUAUUUCACUUGGGAGUUUUGGGAAUCUGGGCUGGAAUGAUAUUUGGUGGAACAGCAAUUCAGACAUUGAUAUUGGCAGCAAUUACCAUUAGAUGUGAUUGGGACAAGGAGGCAGAGAAAGCAAGUAUGCAUGUAAAGAAAUGGGCAGAAGUAAAGUGAGAUUUGGGGAUCGGUGUUUAUUACUAAGUGGUCUCUCUCUCCUAAUGGCUGCAUGUUAAAAUUGAUUUAAUUCCUGUGACAUGCAAUAAUCUCCAAUGAAAUGCAAUUUGUGGUAAUGGUUAUUAUUCUUUUUUUCUUA